AUGGAAUAAUAUCCCUUCAUUUAAACAUCAAAUACAGAUAAUGAAUCCCUAAUAACAGGUCUAAUAUUUAUUGCACUUACAACCAUUUUAGGAGUAAUUGCAUUUUUGUAAACAUUUUUUGAACAUAAACAUUACAAUUUACUUAGAGAAGCUUCAGUUGCCAUCAUAAUAGGAAUUUUCAUAGGUGUCAUUACUGAGUUUAAAGUUUUAUAGAAUGUUAAAUAUGAAAAUUCAUCUGAAAUAUUUUUUUUUGUUUUGCUACCAAUAAUAGUUUUUAAGGAAGGAUACAAUUUAAAUAAAUAACACUUUAUGAAGAACUUCUUCUAUGUAAUAUUAUAUGGUAUUUUUGGAACUAUUUUCAAUUUUAUCAUUUUGGGAGCAUUAACUUACUCUAUAACAAACUCAAGUAAUAUUUUAGGUUAUUCUAGAAACAUUUUGGGUUCCACCUAAUCCUAAUAACUAAAAUGAUACUUCUAGUAAUUCUACAUAUGCAUAGAUUUUUUAUGCUUCUUGUAUUUCAUCAAAAGAUAGUGCUGUGUCAUUAAGUGUUUUAGAGUUUGAGCAUGCACCUAAAUUACAUAGUAUUAUUUUUGGUGAGCAAAUUUUAAAUGAUGUUGUGGUGUUUGCAAUAAGUAAGACUGUAGAAAAAUUUCAUACAGAAUACAAAGAGGAUGAUUGGGAAUGGUAUAGUGUAUUCAUAUUUAUUGGAUGGAUUCUUGCAAACUUAAUUGUUGGCUUAGUUGUAGGUGUUAUAGUAGGCAGUAUAGCAACAUGGAUUACCAAGGAAUCAAGAUUUUUAUCUGAAUAAUCCUCUGUCGUUACUGCCUUUACUAUAUAUAUAUCAUACUUCUCAUUUUGUGUUUGUGAAGCUAUAGGAUUUUGUGGAGUAUUAGCAGUUCUAAUUUGUGGUAUUAUGUUAUCACAUUACUAAACUUACAAUUUACCCAAAAUUUCUGCUACUUCUUCUAAAAUUACAAUUAAAGCACUUGCUUAUAUUAGUGAAACAGUUAUUUACUUUUAUAUUGGAUAUAUGGUUACCGAAAAUGUCAUAGUUAAAAACUCAAAUGAUUAUGAUCAAAAAGCAUAAGUUUAUUCAUUUCUAUUUCUUCAAUACUUUGUGUUUUCUCCAAUAGCUAGAAUAACAUCUAUGUUGUUAGCUCAUGGUUUUGCAAUUAUGUACUAUCUUUAUAUAUUUCUUUAUUAGUUUACGUUUGAAAACAAAAGGACCAUGGAGAAUCAAUAAGUAUGAAUUUUUUAUCCUUUUUUAUUCUGGAUUAAUUAAAGGGGUUGUAGCUUAUGCAUUAAUUUGUGAAUAGGAAGUAGGAGGGGAGGACUAUUACACAAUUAUCUAAACUACUUCUUUAUAUAUGGUUGUACUUACAACGUUAAUUAAUGGAGGAACUUUGAAAUACAUUUGUGAAUGGGCGUAUAAAUAAAUGGAAAAAGAUUCUUCUGUUUAUUAUUCAAGAGCUUAAUCUGUUUAAUCAUAAGCUAUUAGAUAAACAUUUAUUUAAGAAGAUUUGACUGAUUAUAAAAAACUCAAACAUAAAAGUGAAAAGUUUUUCAAGGGUUUCGAUGAGAAAUACAUCAAACCAUUUCUGAUAUAUAAUUAUAUUGAAAGAAAAGCAGAUAUAAUAAUAGCCAAGAAAUUAGAAAAAAAUAAGAAUAAAUAUGAAAAAGAAUAAGACUUUAAGAUGUAUGAUGAUAGUGUUAGAUAAUAAAGAGAAGAAUUGGAAUUGCAUAAAUAAAAAAGAAACGAUUUAACAUAAAUUGAUUUCGAUCAAUCUGAUUCAGAUGAUGAAUAAGAUUAACCUAAAAAUGGAAAAAAACAUACUCCCCCUUAAGGUGAACUUUCUGAACUUAAACUAAGUAAGUAAAGUAAUGGAGAUUACAAACAUGAUUGA